AUGGCGGCAUUCACGUCCCCUGCCGACAGAGCUCAUCCGCAGCGCGUGUCCUUCGGUGGCGGGGUUCCGUCGGGUGCCGAUAGACCCGCCGCUGCCAGCGGGCCCGAACCCCGAGAAAAGGCCCGGCGACGAAAUCGGGUGAUACAUUCGUGUCUUGAGUGUCGUCGGAGGAAGAUGAAAUGCGACAGGAAAAAUCCCUGUCAGAACUGCUGUGCAUCGCUGUUGCGAUGCGUCUAUGUUCCUACUGUAAACGCAGAUGCCCAGUUGCGUCAAAGAUUGACCGAGAUGAAAGAGGCCAAAGAUGCGAUCGAUGACACUUUUCGGGGGAUCAACGGAAGCCCCCAAAGCGAUGAUUCGAAUACUUCCGCCGAUGAUGGUUAUUUGGAGCCGACACCUCUAGCAGUUCAAGAUGCAGCCUAUGCGGAUGAAGCUGAUGAUGAUAUUGAAGACCUGGGCUUCAGAAUUGGCAGGAUGAGGAUGGGAGCAAGGAUCGGAGGCUAUUACCGUCCCAAUAUUGCAGACGAGAUCUUGCUUUGCCUUCAACAGAAUCCCAGAGGGCCUCCUACCCCAAUGAUGACCUCUGGUACAACGGAGGACCUUUUGCGACCAGGGCCGUAUUUUACGGUACCUUCUACCGACUAUUUGUUUAGCCAGGCUUCUUCGGGAAAGGAUUUGACUCGAUUUCUCCCCCCUCGCACUGCUGCAGAUAAGUUAAUGGAAUGCUAUUGGGAUGCGGUUCAUCCGGUGUCUCGAGUUGUCCAUCGACCUUCAUUCACUCAACGAUACGAAACUCUAUGGGAGACAAUAGAAAAUGGAUAUCCGGUGCCACCGUCGCUCGCGGCAAUAGUAUAUUCCAUUCUGUUUUCUGCUUCUGUUGCAAUGUCCCAAGAACAGAUUUCAGAGCUUUGCCAAACCUCCAAGCAAGAUUUGAAGGAUAAUUUGCAACUAGGUACCGAGCGCGCUCUCGGUCGAGCCCAGCUGCUUAGAGCAAGCAAGUUUGAGACCUUACAGGCAUUUACUGCUCAGCUUCCAAUAUGUCUCAACGAGAUAUCUCGAGCUCAUUCUGUUUUAACCGGUAUGCUGAUUCGACUGGCCGAGUGCAUGGGGCUUCACCGUGAUCCUACUGAGUUUGGGUUUUCUCCCGUCGAGUGCCACACACGGCGCUUAGUCUGGUAUCAAAUCUGCUAUCUUGAUCUCAAGACAAGCUCAGCCCAAGGUCCUCGCCCAUUCAUUCACAGAGAUGGGUAUACGACUCGACUUCCUCUGGACGUGACUUCAUUGCGAACGCAUACAAAGGACUCACUUCCUUGGAACGACCUGAUAUUCUCCAUGAUCCGAUUUGAAUGCCAGGAAAUGCAUCGGCAAAACAUAGCAUUUCGCAACGAACUGGAUCAAAAGAGAAUUGGCCUGACCAAAGUGAUAUCCAAGGUAGAGGCAUUUCGCGUUGAAAUGGACGCCAAAUACGGCCCUUAUCUCAAUGUGGCGUCUCCAAGUCCGAUGCAGAGGAUGACCAUUUUAGUGCUCAAGCUAUUUACAAGCCUCUUCUAUAUCAAUAUUUUGAAUCGAUACAUGACCGGCGUCACAUAUCUGAUUCCCGACAGGUUGCGCCAAAUAGUGCUGACCAAAGGCACCGACGCUUUGGAAGCCGCGGUAGAGCUAGAAUCAGCAACAGACCUUCAGAAAUGGGCCUGGUACAGUUCUUCCUGGCAAGACUACCAUACUGCGUUGCUGUUGCUUCUAGAAGUCUUUCUUUUCCCAAUGCGCAGGGAGUCGAGCCGCAUAUGGUGUUGCUUGGAUUUUAUCUUCGCGGAUGCUAUCUCGAACCUCCCUCCGAUGGAUCAAAAAGGAGUGGUGCCGAGCAUCCACGAAGUUAUUGCAUACCGAGAUAGUAAAGCGAGAUAUCUCCUCAUGAUUAUUGUCGAGUACACGCGUGCUUACCAAAACACAAAAUGGUUGAAGACUCCAAUUCGGUACGAGGACUCGACUGUUGAUCCGCUUCGGAGGGAUGACGAUGAUUCCGGCUCUAGAACGCCAUUUAAUUAUGCACACUUGGAACCUGGGACAGAUACGAGCUCUCGCUAUGCUUCACUGCCUCCCAGCGGUGUCAGGUCUGGCCAUGCUGAGGUACAGUCGGGAUUAUUUCUACCACCUACGGUAACGCCAAUAGAAAAUGGCCCUGGUCCUGACAAUGAGUAUUUGGAUACUCUGGGCAAUAUAGCUAGUACUUGGGGAACGGCUUCUGGAGGAAUUUCUCCCUGGGUGCAAUUUGGAGAGCCAGGGCUUGACGGAGACACAGGCCCAGUGCUUCACUCGGGUUACGGGAACUACUCCACGAACACAACGCCUGAUGGGAGCUCUUCGACAGCGCCUCACGAACUGAAUGGACCGUCGGACGACCUAAAUCCACAGAUGCUAGAGGUCGACUGGAACCUUUGGGAUACUAUAUUCCCACCACAAAUCAAUGAUGGCCACUUGGACAUACCUGAUGAUGGUUUUUGGAGUAUAGGUCACGGUUACCAUACUUGA